AUGUCCAGUGUCUCCAUGGUCAUCAACUACCUACGACAUCCCCCAGGUGCCAUGAAGGGUCGUAGCGACGAUGAGCCCGACCAUAAGACCUACCUCCACCGAAAUGGUCGCACGAGUCGCGUGUCUAUCAGCUUUGUCUCCGACAAGAAGUCGUAUCAGGGUUUGAAUAAGAUCGCCACCCACUACGGCAUUAAGUUGGUCAAGCUGGACACGGAGGACUGGGACGACGCUGAGGAAAAGGUUCAGGACGUGAUCAAGAAGAACCGCGGGCAAGCGAGCUGGAAUUUCCUACUAGUCAAUGAAUAUUCAAUUGCUACAUUAAGUCAAUAUUGA